ACUCGCGGUCGUCCUCCCCAGACCACGGGCGCGCGCCGCCGCCGCCGCCGCCGCCGCAGCAGCAGCAGCAGCAUCGAACACUCGACGCGCGCUGCUUUAGGGUUCUGGCCUCCGGCCUCGCCGCAGCAGCAGCCGUCUCUCUAGGGCUUGCGGUUUCUGCCGCCGCCGCCGCCGCCGCGAUGGAUGCGCUUCGGGAGGCGGAGGCCAAGCUGACGGUGUACGUGCACCCCUCCAACGCCGCCGACGUCCGCCGCGCCGUCGCCCGCCAGCUCAGCACGCUCCUCUUCUCGUACGAGGACCGCUUCGAUGGGGUGUUACUGGCUCAUGAAGCUAUCGUGGAGAGUGAGCAAGGCAAAAUCCUGAAUGGUUUGGUACCGUAUUUUGGUGUGCCCGUGCACGCAAAUCUGCUGCUUUACUCUCCGAAGCCUGACAUGAUGCUGGAAGGGAAGGUUGAAAUGCUUGGAAAGGAAUCAAUCCAUGCCAUUGUACUAGGGGUAUUCUCAGCAGCCAUUAUGUCAGAUGAUAUUCAUAAGAAGUUCAAGUUCAAAAAAAAAAAUGGUAGAGGAAAAUUUGUAAGCAGGUCAGACCAACAGCACGUGAUUAAAAAAGGAAGCAUGAUACAAUUUUCUGUCAAAAGGGUGGAUACAGAAAUGAAUUGUCACAUAACUGGAUCUUUAAUCCCACCUCACACUGGAUCCAUGCUUUGGUUGUCAGUACAUGAUGCUGAGUAUGCAUUGGAAAUCAACAGGAAAAGUUCAAGAGAUAUCAACAUUAAAAUUGAGCAGCAUGAACAAGAUAACAAAACUGUCAAUGAUGAACAGGGUGUGAAGAACUCUGAAAGAAAACACAAGUCCAAGUCCCGAAAGAGGAAUUUUGAGGAAAGAUGAUGCCAAAUUAAGAUUUUACGGAGCAGAAUUGUUUUGCAUAGAAAUUUUAGUUGAUAGCUGGGAGCAUAGUAAGCAAAGGCAAAGUAGUUUACUGGCUUGUUUCUGGACAACAUUUUUCUUCUGCUUCCUGUGAAUACACUGCUUCAAUUAAAGUAGUGUUUUACAGUGGUUUAUCACCAGAUGCCACCCUAAUUUUCUGUUGUACCAUCAACUGCCUGAUGAUGUAAAACAAAUCAAGAAUUCGAUGUAUUGCUGCAGGUGCUGCUGCAGUCAUCAGCUUACACACCUGGUAUUGGUGAUGCCUAUUGUCCCAAACCUGUAAUUUACUACUAUAUUGAUAUGCCAUUUCCUUGGUCUGGAUGUCAUGACUAAUUUUCA